UCAAUUCGCUUGAACGUUUGCGGAACGGUUUGUACUGAACGACACGUUUCCCCAAAACGUUAUUGAACAGACUUUUGAUUGAAUGUACAUAAUUGCUGUAAGCGACAAAAAACAAUACACUUGAUGCAUUCUCUUGUAGAGAAUGGAAAGGCGUGAUAGGGUUAACCCCCUUCAAAACAAAAAAAGUUCAGUAGCGUGUGGUGGUGUUCAGUUUGGAAUAAACGUUUAGACAGGGAAUGAAACUGGGUACUAGCGUCCUGAAUUUGUCCAAUAGAAAUACAGGUUUUGUUUACAGCUGUAAAACAUUUUGCUAUAGCGUUCCUUACUGAAAACCACCCUACCCAGCCAACAGGCAGUCACACUGCACUCUGCCAGAGACACUUAUGUAACAACCCGCACCCAAUAUUUUUGUUAUGAAACGAAGAAAAUGCAGUAUUUCGUGACGUCACGUGCCCAGUGACUGUGAGUGGACUCUCCUCUUUGUCCUCCUGCGGACCACUCUCUUUCCAGUGAAGUCCUACUGUCUGAACGGUCAUUUGUUUUGUAAACUGUUUAGGCAACAAUACUUCCCAGCAUGCAGUUGGAGGCCCAGCUGCGUCUUUGUCAGAGCUGUCUAUGGUGCUGCAAGAGCGGACUGCGCUUGCUCUCUCAGAGCUCUGUGCACAGAGCGACAUUAAACCACUACGACCUUCUUGGUGUAAAACCUGAUGCCUCACUGGAGCAAAUCAAGAAUGCGUUUUUCGAUAAAUCAAAAAAGAUGCACCCAGACAGUGACCCGUCUAACCCGGGGCUGCAUGGCCAGUUUGUGGAGCUGAACGAGGCCUACAGGGUGCUGAGUAAGGAGGUAUCCAGGAGAGAGUACGACCUGCGGCUACAUCACCCUUAUACCGGGGGACAGGCCUUCAGACCCACCUCCACAUACAACCCCAGGGCGGAGGCUCAGGAGAGUGUACGCUACUGGGAUCAGUUCAAACACUCUCAGCCUCAGGAGACCACUGCUGAGGAGUGGGAGAGGAAGAGGAAGAGGAACUUUAGAAUAGUUAGCUACUGUAUGCUCAUCAUGGGACUGAGCAUCAGCACUCACGUUUUCUUCUUCAGAAAGUUGGAGUCUGUCCAUAACAACUUCAUGGACGAGAAGGACAGGGUCAUCACACAGAUCUACAACGAGUCCAAAGAAAGGGCAAGAGUGAACGGGUUUAAGAAGCAGACAGAGAUUCUCAGACAGAAACAUAAUGAGUUCCUGGAGAAAUACAAAAUCACUCGCAACAGUGGAGAGGACAAGUAGGAGUUUAGUAGAAUAAGAGUACAUCUUAAAACAAGGGGGAUUGAGUUGGCCGAAGGCCUCUGGAGAGGAAUGGAGUCGGUCAGGAAGGGGAGUGAACGGUUGAAUGAGUUAGGAGUAGUUAGCAUUUUAAAAUAGUUUUUUGGCAGACGUUGAUGAUGUGCACAGCUCACGUUUGCUUGGACCUCGGAUACUAAGCUGAGGAGUAAAAAAAGAAUGUUUAUUAGCUGGGAUAUUGUAACAACAUAGUAUGUAAUGGCUGGGUGAAACUGGAACAGUAUAUGGGGUACAUGUCUUUGUCACAGUAGAGCGUUGACCCCAGCCAUUGUAGGUUUCUCCGGAAGGAGAAUACGUCGUGGAGGUUUGGUCUGGUAUCACAAGACUAUCAGCAGUAGGACAUGGUCAUUAACAGCACAUCCUUUCCUCUGUUGGAUGGAACCGAGACUCCUGUAAGCCAGUUGCUAAUUGGUUCGCAGUGACAUGCUGUUUUCCCCCACGCCCGUUCAGAGGCAGUCUGAUGGGUGUUCAUAUGACAGUGUGAAUUUGCCCACUGGAGAUGCAGGAAAGUGUUGCAUACUGAAGACUUAAAUCAAAGGUAGAAUGCCUUAAUGACAGAUAGGGGGUGCUGUGCACAGCUGCCCUUGAACCAAUGGGAUUCAGUCAUUGUGCCUCUCUGUGUGUCAAUGAUAUCAUGGAACUCUUGACACCGCCACUGGGCCCAGGGUGGACCCAAAAUCAGUCAAAAAGAGAUGCUGUUCGUGUCAGGAGUUUUUCUUGACAAUGUUACCUAUAGGCAAUAUUUAGGGCCUAGAGCAUUUCUUGGUCAUAUGAUGAAGGGAAAACUGGCCCAAGAGAUAAUGGAUCCUUUCCUAUUGAAAGGACAUGGAAUCAAGAAAAACUUGAAAAUCAAGUCAUUAUGACUUUCUCAAAUGGUAUUUAAUUGUACCCUUGUCUGAUGUUGAAGAAUUCAUUUUAGAAAUGUUAAUUAUAUUAUGGAAAUAUUUGAUUUAUUGCCCGUGUGGGCAGCUUCAAUCUCUGAGAUGAGGAAAUGCAUUUAAUUUAUUGCUAUGUUGACGGCCAACUGACACUUACCAUAACGCCUUUUUUCAGUGUAUUAUUAGUCACAGAUUGUGUUUGAGUGAUCUUUUAAUGACAGCCUUAACUCUUCCUGGUGUCAUGGAUUCAUGCAAUGAUGAAUAAAAACAACACUGUUCCUCUGGUCUCAACCAACAACA